AUGUUUUCCUCACAAUUCGCUGUGGCUUGGAAAGUGGAUUGUGACGAAGUAUUUCCCAAUCUUUUCAUUGGUGAUGCAGCAGCCGCCUCCAAUGUCAAAUUCCUGAAGCACCUAAACAUCACUCACGUCUUGAACACGGCCGAAGGAGAUGAUGAGGGAUUGGUGAACCUGGAGAGCCAGCAUUUUCAAGGCUCUGGAAUAACUUACAAAGGGUUCCUGAUGUGGGACUCAGCCUGGUUUGAUGUCAGUCCCUUCUUGGAUGAAGCCGCAGACUACAUUGCGGAAGCCCUAGAAUCAGGGGGUAAAUGCUUGGUCAAUUGUCAGAUGGGUGUGUCUCGAUCCUGUACUUGCGCUAUGGCUUUCAUGAUGAAGAAGAAUGCAUGGAGUGCAACUGAUGUCUUGAAGCAGUUCCGUUCACAUCGAGAUGUUCGACCGAAUGAUGGGUUUAUGCGUACAUUAGUGAACCUAGACAAUCAGCUGAGAAAACACCGUGAAGGGUUUCUAUGA